AUGGUCAAGCUAUUCACGGCAGACGAGUCCGCAGUCACGGCUUGGUCCCACGAUCCGACCCCUCUACUUGCUGCAGCAACAUUGGCAGGCGUUGUUGAUGACACCUUCUCAUCAGAUGCACAUUUGAAUAUAUACAACCCCUUCAACAAGGAGACGGUCUUCUCUACAGACCUUCCAGCAAAGGCGCACUCCAUUGACUGGGCAAGGGAGGGGGCAAUGGCGUUGGGGUUGGAAGAUUCCACCGUGCAACUCCUCAACUCGCAAUCCCUCUUACAUGAGAAACCAUCCAACGUGGCCUCUGCUAACAUCACCAAAUACACCCAACAUACGUCCCCCGUCUUGCAGGUGAAGUUCAACCCAAUCUCGGGGAACAUCCUUGCCACCAGUGCCUCGAGGGGGGAGAUUUACAUCUGGGAUACCGUCAAACAUACAUGCCUCUCCCCAGGACAGCAAAUGUCGCAACUAGGAAGAGUCGCCUCCCUUGAGUGGAACAAUUCCAUGUCUCACAUCUUUGGUACCGCAGGCGACAAUGUGUUUGCCUCCAUCUGGGACUUGAGGGCCAAGAGAGAGGUGCUUCAGUUGUCAUAUGGUAACUGUAAUUUGUCAACCUUGGCUUGGCAUCCAACAGUUUCUACAAAGUUGGUGACAGCAUCAGACACAGAUUCUCAGCCUCUCAUUCUUACUUGGGAUUUGAGAAAUUCCAGUGCUCCAGAGAAAAUCUUGGAAGGUCACAAACGGGGCAUACAUUCCCUCGAUUGGUGCCAUAAUGAUGAAAAUUUACUCUUGUCCUGUGGUCGAGAUGAUGCAUCCAUUCUCUGGAAUCCAGUUGAUGGUACAAAAUUGGCAACUUACCCUAACCCGGCUUCUCAUGAAAUCAAGUUUGCUCCAAGAGACCCUGAAGUUUUCGUCACUGCUUCCUUUUCCAAGAAAAUUACCGUCCAAUCAAUACAGGACACGACAAAACCCAUCACAGAAACCAUCCAACAAACCAAUGAGUCCGAUUUCUGGAACCAAAUUGCCACUCAUGAGACCCAACAUGUGAAGAUUGACAAGUUACAGGCUCCUAAAUGGUUGAAGAGACCAAUUUCUGCCAACUUUGGUUAUGGUGGAAAGUUGGCAAUUGCCUCUCUGAAUUCCGUCAAGGUGGUUGAUUUGGCGUCAAAGUUCAACUUGAUUGACGACUCCUCAAGGGAUAUGAUCUCUGCAAUCUCGACCAACAACUUUGUCUCCUUGGUUGAGAAGGAGGAAGGUGGUAACGAUGACGACUGGAAGCUUUUAAAGAAAGUCAUUAAUAAAGAGCCAAUAAACGACAUUUUAAAUGUCGACUCUGUGUAUGAGGAAACUCCAAUUGAUGACGAUGAUUUUUUCGCCCAAAUUAGUUCCAACAAGUCAUUGCCCAAUUAUACUCCUACAGGUACCCUCAACUUAAACAUUGACCUGAUUGAUGAUGAUUUCGAGAAAAGGGCAAUCCCCCUGUUGUUGGCGAACAAGGUUGAGGAAUUGUUGGAUUUGUGCAUUGAAACGAACCACAUCACCGAGGCCUUAGUUCUCACCUCAAACGCUUCAAAGGAAUUGAAAGAUAAGGCCACAUCGGCAUUUUUCUCCAAAAAGGCCCCGGCUUCAUCCUUUGCUAGGUUGCUUUAUAGUUCAAACAAAAACUCCAUCUCGGAUAUCGUCCAAAAUGCAGAUAUCUCAUCAUGGAAGGAAAUUGCCAAAACAAUCAUUAAUUUCUCCUCCGCUAACAAGCCAUCCUUCAAUGUCGAAAUGAAACUGUUGGGUGAUCGGUUGUUGGAAUCAGAUAUUGAAAACUCUCGUAAUUUGGCCUUAUCCUGUUAUACAGUGUCGGGAUCGCUAGAUAAAGUCUCAUCAAUCUGGUUAUCUGAAUUGGACAAGUAUUAUCAGGAAUUCUUGAAGAACAACUCAACCACUGCUUUUGAGGCAAGAUUUAAAGCUUUGGGUGAAGUUGUCAAAAAAAUCGUUGUAUUCCAAUCGAUUGCAAAGACUAACUUUGACGGAAAUUUCCAUGAUUUGGGAUCCAUUUUCGUUGAGUAUGCUGAUUCGCUCGUCAACUUUGGCCAUUAUGAACUAGCGUACAAACUAUUGAAUUUGAUGUCCGAUGAGAUUCCGCAAAUUAAGUUGGAGAAGAACAAAAUUUCCAAGGCUUUUAUUAAUAACUCAACUGCGAAAUCUAAUAAACCUUCAAUUUCCAAAUACGCUUCUCCUACGUUGACACCGGCAAGUGCAAAUAACACGAACAGUGGUCCUAGGAAGAGAAAUCCAUAUCUUGUCCCAGAAGCUUCAACAUUGCCUAUUAGUCAAACCAACCAACAACCUCUUCAACAACCUUUCCAGCCUUUCCAACCUGCUCAGCCUAUUCAACCCCCUGCCAGUGGUAUUAAUAAUGGUAGCUCUGGUGCUAGAUCUAAUCCAUAUGCACCAAAGACUGCUUUUGAAUCAAUUACCAAUCAAUCACAGGUCCCUCAAAUAUCUGCAAUGAAAAAGGAAAACGCUUUACCUGCAUCAAUGAGGAAAGAUAUGGGCGGCUGGAACGAUUUGCCUUCUCAUUUAACACCACCUGUGAAGCAAGUUUCAACUCCUCCAGCUCCUCAUAGAACCGUGUCUCAACAAUUCCAAGUUCCACCGCCCCCAUUAUCUUCGUCCAUCAAAUCGUCUCCUUCUCAGAAUCAGGCGCCCCCACCUCCUAAGAAGCCACUGAAUCCGUAUGCUCCUAAAUCUCCAGGUAUAGAACAAGCCACAAUUGUUCCUGUCACACACCCAAGGGUUAGUAGUAUCUCUGCAUCUCCAAUGACUGGCACCCCUAUGCCAACACCACCACCUCCAUUAAAGGCUAAGAACCCUUAUGCUCCCGCACAAUCUCAAUCACCAGCUGCUCAAACAGCCCAUGUAGCAACACCACCACGGGUAGCAGCAGCAGCUUCAAACCCAUAUGCCCCACCAGCAGCAGCAGCAGCUUCAAACCCAUAUGCCCCACCAGCAGCAGCAGCAGCUUCAAACCCAUAUGCCCCACCAGCAGCAGCAGCAGCUUCAAACCCAUAUGCCCCACCAGCAGCAGCAGCAGCAGCUUCAAACCCAUAUGCACCAUCGCCUCAAUCUACCCAACAGCAACUGAAUUCUUUUCCACCACCUCCUCUCUCAUUUGCAAAAUCUCCAACCCCUGCACCUCCAGCUGCAGCUGUUUCAACACCGCCCCCACCGGCGUAUGCAAAGCCAGCUGAAAUCUCGCAACCUACGGAGAUUUUACUUCCUUCUACCAUUCAAUCUACAAUUCCUUCUGCGUCUGUUGAUACUAUUAUCACCAUUUUAAGCUCUGAAUUAGAAUCUGUGAAACCAAUUGUUCCAGCAAAGUUCAAUAAACAUAUUGCGGAUGCCGAAAAGCGACUUAAUAUUCUCUUUCAACAUCUACAAUCACGUACUUUAGUUACUGAACCAACAGUUGAGAAGUUACUCACGUUGGCAAACGCAUUACAAGACAGAGAUUUUAGUGCGGCCAAGAGUGUUAAAGAUGAUAUUUCAAACAACCAUUCUGGCGAAACUGGUGAUUGGAUGGUAGGUUUGAACAGAUUGGUUGGUAUUGUUGAAGCGACUUCAAAAUAA